AUGGCGCUCCUCCGCACGAGGAGCGCCCGACGACCGCAGCUGCCACCGUCCCACCAUCACCACCGCAACCAGCUCCCACAUUUCCCCUCCUCCUUCUCCACCACCGCGCCCCGCCACACACCCGCCAGCCUCAUGGACACCGCCAUCCUCACCGACACCCAACACGCCGUCCGCGCCGGCGUCGCCGCCCUCUGCGCCGACCGAUUCCCCAACGCCUACUGGCAGCAGCGCGACGCCACCGGCACCGACCCCGCCGACUUCCACGCCGCGCUGGCCGCCGGCGGCUGGCUGGGCGUCGCGCUGCCCGAGGCCCUCGGCGGCAGCGGCCUGGGCAUCUCCGAGGCGACCGUCAUGAUGCAGACGAUUGCCGAGUCGGGCGCCGGCAUGGCCGGCGCCCAGGCCGUCCACGCCAACGUCUACGCCACCCAGCCGCUGGCCCGCUUCGGCACCGACGCGCAGCGCGCCCGCGUGAUUCCCAAGGUGGUGAGCGGCGAGUGGCGCGUGUGCUUCGGCGUGACGGAGCCGGAUGCGGGGCUGGAUACGCUGCGGCUGCGGACGGUGGCGAGGAGGGAGACGGAGGGAGAGGGUGGUGGUGGUGGCUACAAGGUGACGGGGCAGAAGAUUUGGAUUACGUGUGCGCAGGUGGCGCGGAAGAUGAUGCUGUUGGCGCGCACCACGCCGGUGGAGGAGGUGCGGAAGCCGAGUGAGGGGCUGUCGUUGUUCUGCAUCGAUUUGGACAGAGCAAAGCCGGGGCUGGACAUGCGGAAGAUCAGCAAGAUGGGCGGCCGCGCGGUCGAUGCGAACGAGGUCUUCUUCGACAACUACGAGAUAGCGGCGGAUACGUUGAUCGGCGAGGAGAACAAGGGGUUCAAGGUCAUUCUGCACGGCAUGAACGCCGAGAGGUGCCUGUUGGCCGGCGAGGCGCUGGGCCUUGGGUACGCGGCGUUGAACAAGGCGGCCGAGUAUGCGAGAGAGAGGACCGUUUUCCAGCGCCCGAUCGGUAAGAACCAGGCCAUCGCGCAUCCGCUGGCGGACGCGUACAUGAAGCUUGAGGGAGCGAAGCUGGCGACGUAUCAUGCUGCACGGCUGUUUGACGCAAGCAAGACGGAUGACUCCAUCACGCCGCACUCACUCGGCGUGGCGUGCAACAGCGCCAAGUACAUGGCGGCUGAGGCAGCCUUCACGGCGUGCGAGAGGGCGGUGCUUACCCAUGGCGGCAUGGGAUAUGCUGCCGAAUAUGAUGUCGAGCGGUGGUUCAGGGAGUGCUUGGUGCCGCGGAUUGCUCCAGUCAGUCGAGAGAUGAUUCUGAACUACAUCAGCGAGAAGGUGCUGGAGCUACCGCGUAGCUAUUAG